AUGGGCUUUCGUGUCAAGUUGAGGCAAUGGAUUAGGUGUUGUGUUGAAUUCACAAGGUUUUCAAUCUUAGUGAAUAAGAGUGCAACUGGUUAUUUCAAAAGUAAAAAAGGAAUUAGACAAGGUGAUCCAAUUUCACCAUUUUUGUUUCUUUUGGUUGGUGAAGCUUUAACUUUUAUGAUCAAGAGAGCUCAAGAACAAGGAUUAUUAUCCGAUGACACUCUUAUAUUUCUAGAUGCUGACAUUGAGCAAGUUAAAAACUUGGGAAUUGUUCUUCUCUCUUUUGAGAUGCUUACAGGCUUGAAGAUUAAUUUUGCUAAGAGCCAGAUUUUUGGUGUUGGAUAUGAUGGUGACUUGAAUGCUUUCUCUUCUCUUCUUGGUUGCUAUAAUGGAGUUCUUCCUACAACUUACUUAGGCUUGCCAUUGGGUGAUAAAUGUGGAGGUGUGGCAAAAUGGGACAAAGUGGUGGACAAAGUCAUUGCUAGAUUUCCUGGCUGGAUUAAACCACUUAUCUCCAGAGCAGGUAAAAUUACCUUAAUCAAUAGUGUUCUUGCUACUCUACCAGUUUAUUACAUGUCACUUUAUGAAAUCCCAGUUUCUGUCUUGAGGAAGCUUGAGCAAAUUAUGAGGAAAUUCCUUUGGAGUGAUAAUAAAGGAAAAAAGAAGAUUCAUCCUGCUAAAUGCAAUGCUCUGUGUAAAAAGAAAAGGUUUGGAGGUUUGGGUAUUAAAAAUCUGAAGCUAGUCAAUCAAUAUUUACUCUCUAAGUGGUCUUGGAGAUAUGCAACUGAAGAAGAUGUUCUAUGGAAGCAAGUUCAAAUUGCUGCUAUGGGUGCUUUAACUGACAAUGUGGUUAUCUGGAAUCUGAACAUCCCUAGAAGACUUACUGCUGCAACAAGAACUGAGUUAGACCUUCUUCUAGCUGACUUGCAAUCCUUUAAAUUCAAUCAGAAUCAGGCAGAUGAGCUGUUUUGGCCUUUCACGACAAAAAGAUUUUUUCAGCUUUCAACAAGAGAUAUGCUUCACAGAAGAAGAAUUAAUGUGCCAGAGAAUUGUCUUUUUUGUGUUGCUCCUGAAAAUGUUUCUCACUUAUUUCUUCAUUGUGCUUUUGCAAGAUCAGUUUGGGAUAUUAUGACUGCCAAUUUAAAAUGGCUUUAUGCAAUGCCAGAGGAUGUUGUACCUGCAAUUCAAGCUUGGCAGCUUUUUCUUUCUGACAAUGCUAGAAGUGAAAUCUGGGAGCUUGUUCCGAUAGCAAUCAUUUGGUGUUUAUGGAAGGAGAGAAACAAUAGAGUUUUCAAUGAUAAUCCUAAUUCUGCUACUGUUGUUAUUGCUUAUAAGGCAAUCUAUGUCUUGUUCACUUGGUCAUUGGCUUUCAAAGAAUUUGAGGAUGUUGAUUCAAAGGAAGUCUCUUUUCUUGUUUCCGCUGGUUCUAAUGAAAAUGGGAACAAUAGCGUAUAUUUCAGUAAUCAGAGAACAGAGGAAGGAGACCUUGAUAGAGAAAAGAUUGGUGAAUUAGUUUUGCUGAGUUCAAUCUUGAGAGUCGGUCUAGGAGGAGGAGAGAGUGGAGCGACAAGUUUGGCGCAAAAUGAGAUGAAAUUAAGAUUCGUGAAGAAGAGCUAA